AUGCCGUUUUUAUUGUCCCGUUAUCUUAUGUGUUAAAUAAAGUCAAUAAUUGAGCUAUCCUGAAACUACAACUCCCAUAAGCUAUAAAGAGCCCGAGUCUACAAAUACCCCACCCUUUCUGGAAAAAAACCCUCCUGUUUGUUGCUCUACUAAAGAUGGCGCCAGUGCAAAUCUGAAGCGAUUGCGCUUUGUAGCGCGUAGGAAAUUUGACGUGAGUAAGAUGAAAAGUUAACGAAGCCUUCUCACUCUUCAUUGAAACAUCAAAAUACACCCAAAUAGAUUAAUCUUAGGCAGCACUGUCAAUGAUUUUAUUUUUUUGUGGCCUACCUCCCUCUGUAGGCCGUGAUGAAAUAUAUCGCAUUGGGUAAAAUACUUCAUUUCCCAGAAGUCAUUGCUCUGGGCUUGCUUUAAUUGAUGAACAUGGUAGUUGUAGUUUUUCGAAUGCUUGUUUGUCUGUGGAUGGAAUGUGUCAAUCAUAGGAGAAUUUUGUAUUAGUUCCUGUGUUCUAUUAUUUUUAUCUUUGUAAUUCUACAUAUAAUAAGAGUUUGGUGUUGUUGCAAAGUUAUUUAAAGCCACUGAAAUAUUGUUCUACCUUACAAUUUUAAGAAGAUAAAAGAAUUAAGUUACAGAACAGGGGGUGGCGGUGGGGAGGUGCUUCUGGACUCCCGGUUCAUCAUGUCUACACCUUUAGAGCAAGGAGUUAAACGACAUCCAAAAAGUUCGAACAGCACCUCAGAGGCAUCCGCCACUGUCCCAGAAUCCUCUCUGACCUGGUGUUUGGCUCAGCUGUCCAAAACACGCACGUUAGCAGACAGUCACAGCAGUGGACUGACAGGAGCGGACAAUAAGUCCAUCACUGAAGGUGACAAAGCCAGGGAUGCAGACAAGAGACUUAAAGCUGGUCAGUGGAGGGCACUGCUGGCCAUUCGGAUGCAGCAUAUCAAAGGAGGUAGCAGCAGGAUAGCCCGCUACCAAUCACGAGGGGGACUCCCUCCUUUACUGGAUCUCCUCAGGCGACCAGAAUGCUCCAGAAAGUUUCUGGACCUGGCACUUAGCAUCCUAGCCAACUGCUGCACUGAAAAACAGACAAGACUAGAAGUAAGAAAGCUUGAUGGCGUAUCUGUUGUUGUGGAUGUCCUCAAGAGGAAUGUCUCUGCGGAGACCGUGCAAAAUCGAGCAGCACGAGCUCUGGGAAAUCUUGCGAUGGACCCGGAGGGUUCUGCUGAGGUCCACUCUGCAGGUGGUGUUCCACUUCUCCUGCUCUGCCUGUCUCUCUCUCCACAUCCAUCCUCUCCCUCCUCACUGACUCCAGCCCCUGAACUCUGUGCUCCUAAGGUGGAAUGUGUCCAAUCUGCUGCCCGGGCGCUUGUCUACCUCUCUGACACGCCUGCCAACCGGCUUCUGCUGCUUUCACAAGGCGCUCUUCCAUCUCUCGCAUUGUUCAUUGCUCCAGAGUUCCCUUUAGGUCUGCGACGGGCAUCACUUCGUGCUAUUCAUGAGCUCACCAGAGGCUGCAGUGCAGAGUGUGCCCGGGAGAUGUCCAGGUCCGGGGCAUUGACUCAGCUCGGGCUCCUCGCCUCAGGAGAAGGUGGUCGACCUUUGGAAGAAUUAGCUUUGAAGACUCUGGCUAACUUGUGCUCUCAAGGCUGUCUGAGGCCGCUGGUGGGAUCGUUGGGAGUCAUUCAGAAGUUCGCAGAGGAAGUGAAGAAGGAUCCUCUGAAGUCAGGUGUGUUCUUCAAGGCCCUGUGCCUUUGCUGCAGAGAGGCUGUGAACAGGGCCAAAGUAAAGGAGAUCGGGGGACUGGAGGUGCUGAUCAGCUUUUUAUCUGCCCAUCAAAACCAUCCGCUCACGCGCUUGGCCUUUCUAGCUUGUGUGGACUUUGUCUACGAUGAAUCUGCUCUUGAACAGCUGCAGGAGCUCGGGUUGGUGCCGCUGCUGAUCAAGCGGUUGGUUGAGCUUGCUCACGGAGAAGAACCGACCGCAGGAAGGAUGGAUGCCAGCCUGUCCUCUAGUUCUCCAUGCUCUGAACUGAUGACCUCAUGUUUCGACUCGUUUGACUUCUCAGCCCUUGAAGGGAACAAGAGAGAGGAUGUGAGCAAAGACCAGACAUCAGGAUCUUCUAGCUUCCUCAGUCUCAGGUCUUGGCUGGUAUCUGAGGGUCUGAUCUCAUCGGAGGGUGAGCUGACUGAAUCUCCAUGUGGAAGUGAUGUCUUUGGGGGCAGCCCUCAGUCCUCCAUCUCACCGUCACCACCUUGCUCUGAGUUCUUGCAAAUCUCGACCUUGCGUCCGCCCCACCUUUCUCCCUCCACCCGCUUCAAACCCAUCAGACUCUACUCUUCUUCUUCCUCCUCCUCCUCCUCCUCCUCCUCCUCCUCCUCCUCCUCCACUUCAGUAUCUCCUCGAAAUGUACCAGGGUCACCUUCUUGUUCCCAGUCCUCCUGUACCUCCACCCCUCAAUCUGAGCAACCUUCCUCAUCUCCCCUCCAAAUCUCCUCUCCUCCCAGGAAGAGACUCCGUGCCUCUUCAUCCUCCUCUACAUGCUCCUCUCGCUAUAGUGUGGUCACUCUGGACAGCCCCCCUGUGAUGUCAAAAACCCCAGUCUACCAUCAUCCUUAUCACCCUGAGGCCUGGGCCCCAGAAUCCCCCAUUCUUCUGCUCUUGUCGCGCUUCUCCCACGCCUCAGACCCUUGCACAGCGCUCGUCAACACAAAUGUUUUCUCCGGGCUGUUGUACUACCUCACCCAGCAUCAUGACCCCAGUGGGCGAUGCUUUCGGAUGCUUGGGCGCCUCAGCUGCAACCCAAACUGCUUCCAGGCUUUGGUCAAAACUGGAGCCGUGGCUCUGAUCAGACAGAGACUGUGUGUGAGAGAAGAUGAGAUCGGGGGACGCAAUGUGGGACCGGACAGACAAUCGGAAAAAGUCAAAGGCAAAAUCACACAACUAGGUUUGGCCCUGCUCAGUAAUCUGAGGGUUCAGAGUGAGUCUGGAUUUGGCACUGGAGUUCUUACACACAUCAUGCUGUCCGGCUCUGAAUCUGACAAGCUGUACUGUGUCCUCUCUCUGCCUCUGAUUAACAGCAAUAGAGUUCUUUUAAAGAAGCUGCUUUUGGAUAGUGGAGGGCUGGCAGCAGCUCUCGAACUGAUUGGAAGUCACAGAGAAGAAGAUGAUGAUGGUGAUGAAGAUGGACAGUCUGACAGAUGUAGGGCAUUUCUUGCCGGCUGGUUGCAUCCUCUUGAGCAAGCGUCCACUUUAACAUUUAAAUCCCUGCAUGUCUCUCUUUUGAUUGGCUGCCUCUCCAGUCUGCUGUCAAGUUCCAAGGAGGACAGAAAGAAUUGUAGCAUAGAUUGUCAGACCAGAACAGAGACAACCCAAGCUCUGGAUAUCAAACACCAGUCAUGUCCCUACUUGAAGGCAACUCAUGACCUAACUUUCCUCCUUGACGAUGGAACCCUUCUACUAGCCAGUCACGAGGCUGUCACCAGGGAAGAGGGAGCCAAAGACACUGGGUCUGAAUAUUUUAGAGCCCUCUUGAUGGGAGGGUUUGGGGAGGCCCAGAAAGCUAAAGGUGAGGCCAUCCAGAUCAAGGACGUAAAGAGUGGGAUGCUGUUACCAGUUCUCCACUACUUACACGGCUGUCGCUUGACUGACGGAAACAAAGACAAGAUGUCAAAGCAAGAUACAGAUUGUCUUGUUUUGUCCUCUCUAGCCUCCGGUGGGCUGCUUAGACCACAGGACCAGGUUGAAUCAUGCUUGGCAGUAGAGAAUGAAUUUCAGAAAUCCCCACUGGCCGAAGUGAUGAUUGGGGCUUGUAGGUUUUUAGUACCUGGUUUACAACAGGCAGCUGAGGAUCUAUGUGUGGACCUUCUCUACUCCGUUAUAAGGAGCCUGACCAAACAUUGCUGUUUGAAAGAUAUCACUACAAACACCAGCAAAAUGGACGCAGGUUCGGUCUGCAGUGGUCCCGAAGGAUCACCACAGGUGACUAAAACUGAAGUGUCAAAGUGUUUCAAACAACAUUCUAAAUCCUCUCAGAGUUCCAAACAGGUUCCAUCAUCAUCCUCAUCAUCUUCUGACAGUGAAACCAAGGGAGCCUGGCUGAGGUCUCUGCUGCCACAAGUGUACUGGUUCUCACAGCGCUACUCUUACCUGCGACUGGGCCAGGCUUGUCUAUCCAUACUGCUGCGGCCUCAAGGGCUCCAUCCUGCUCCCCUUCACCCCUCCCUCUCCACUGACUGCUUCCUGCGUUUGGCGCAAGAGGCAGACUGCGCCAAAGGGCUGAGGCAGGACAUCUUACAGCUUGUUAAAACAGCCCUCAGUUAGAGGGCAAACAGUAGUGGAUAGUGAAAUGAAUGUGCUGAAUUGUUGGUGUAAACAAAUUUAGUAGCUGCUUUAAUGCACACACAAUACACAGAAAGGGAAUGAGAAUUACUGGAUUUUUGGGACGUUUGGCACAAGAUGUAAUAGAAAAAUUAUUCUCAUUAAACUUCAGUUAGCAAGUAGCUAUCAAAAAUAUUUUGAAAAAUACUUAGAGCAUUCUAAUUCCUACUAUUUUCAUGUGCAUGUUUAGUUUCUUUUUUCCCAAGAUGUGUUUGUAUAUGGAGUAGAAUGACCAACUGUACAUAAUUUUUUAUUUAAAAAAAAAAAGUUUGUAUUUUGUUUAACUUUUUUUUUUUUUUUAGCAUUUAUUCAUCUUAUUUUGCCAAAAAGGUUUAAUGCUGAUUCCAUGUUAAUCACAGUGCAUCCAGAAGUAGUACAUGUUUUUGUACAGUAUGUUAUGUGAAUAAUAUAAUGUCAAUAAGAAGAGCGGUUUAUGUUAGCUAUAUAUAUUUUUUUUUUUGUAUCUGGCAAUGUAUUCAUUUAUAGACGGCUGGAUUAUCUGAUGUGUGCUGGAGUGCCAUGUUUUUUUUUUUUUUUGUAUAUAUGAGAAAUUGAAUCAUGGAAAUGGCCAAAUGUUGGAUGAAGGCAGAGGAUGGUUCUCAAUAAAUGAGCUCUGCAUUAA